AUUAGCACAUUCUGUUUCUUCUUUUCACAUGCUUUUACUCUUGCUCUGGUUCUUUAAACAAUUGCAAAGGGGGAGGGAUCCCCAUGCUCAUGAAAACUCCACUUUGCAGAUGAGAGAUCUGCUGGGUCCUACUGUCUCUCUCUUUCCAGCAAUUUAAUAUCUCCCAGGCUCAGGUUUGCUUUUCUCUCUCAUGCCUGUGCAACACGGACAGCUGCGCCUAUCCUCAGCAGUCUCGACUGAAGAACAGUAAUUCACAUCCUCUUAUUAUUGCCAUGAGGAAUACACACAGGUUCUUUCUCUUUGUAGUGGUUUCUUUUUCUUUUAACGGAAGCGACGCGUCAGAUGCUGAGGAGAAGCUAAUGAACCACCUACUGAGCCCUGCCAGGUAUAAUAAGUUAAUUCGCCCUGCUGUCAACUCCUCGCAGUUGGUAUCUAUAGAACUGCAGGUUUCCCUGGCACAGCUAAUCAGUGUGAAUGAACGUGAACAGAUCAUGACCACAAAUGUCUGGCUAAACCAGGAAUGGACUGAACCUAUCGUUAUUUGGCUUGGCAGCCCUCUGACUAUGAAAGGCUAUAUAAAUAAGCUGAGAAUCCCUUUCCUAAGCACAUCUGGCUGCCAGACAUUGUGCUUUACAAUAA